AUGUUUGAAACCAACCUCAAAGAAACCUUUUACCGCAAAUUUCAAGAUGAUGUCGCAUCACUUGAAGCCCAAAUAUCUUCUCUUCCAGAUACACCAGCUGCAAGUCGUGAGCGAAACGAAGCCAUAGAGCAGUGUCUGGCGGGUAUAGACCGCCUAUCGCACGAUGUCAUGGACGCGUCCAGUUAUCUGCCUGCGUAUGACCAGCGAACAUAUAGCGAGGCCAUAAAAUCUCUCUCCGAAAAGCUCCAAAGCAUAAGAAAUGCCUUUGACCCCCCCAAGAAAUUCAGCUUCAAAAACAAGAGAAAAGAAGCCACAGCACCAUCCAGCACACCAACACCCGCAAAAGAACAACCAAGUACUUCCAUCCCGCCACCAUCACAGCAACAAGACGACACCCCAUCCGACCUCACCCACAAAUCCUCAACCCGCAUAACCCUCGCCUCAACCCCCUCCACCACAAACUCGCCCACAGUAUCCCACCUAGCCAACUGCAUCGUCAAUCUCACCACCAGCCCAACACCAUUCGCAACCCUCUACCUCCGCAACAUCAAAAACAGCCUCAUACUCUGCGGCCACGUCGCAGGUCCCAUCCACAUCACGCACGUGACGAAUAGCGUGAUUGUGACAUUGUGUCGUCAGUUCCGCAUGCACGAUAGUAAAAACGUGGACAUCUAUCUGCACAGUGCGAGUCGCCCGAUUUUCGAAGACUGUGAGGGAUUGAGGUUUGCGCCGUUGCCCGGCUGUUAUAUUACGCCUCAGAUAUCGGAAUCGCCGAAUCUGUGGGACCAGAUUGAUGACUUCAAGUGGCUCAAGGCUGAGCCAAGUCCUCACUUCAGCAUCAUCCCAGAGGAUAAACGUAUUCCCGACGACGUAUGGACCAAUAUAGUGCCAGAGGAAAAGGUUGUCCCCUUGCAAGAUGUCCUGACUGCUGUAAACAUCUAG